CGCCCGAGAAAGACGUAUAUCGCCGCGAAAAACACACCGCAGUCGCGCUCGCUCGCUCGUUCGGCUCUCUGUCGCGCUCACAGACUCGGAUACAUUUUUGGGGUUCAUAAUUUUAGUUAGUUUAAGGAAGUUUUCGUUUGUUUUCCACGCGGUGUCAUUUUCCGUUUGAAAUAGUAUCCUCCAAAGCUGGACGAUAAAACUGAUAUUCAGACGGGAAGAGUUAUGUGUAAAGUUCACGGAAAAUCGGUGAUGAUUUAAGCCCUAGUGAUUUGGGAAAGAAAAAAGUGAUCUUCCGUCUAAGAUGGCGGUUUGGUUUCGGCCUUGGUUCCUGCUGCUAGUGGUUGCCACUGUUGUCGCGCUGGUUUGCCUUUCCACCGGUGCCGAUGGCUUUCGGUUACGCGACACCGAAGUGGACGAGGAUGAGCGCGUGUCGAUCGCGGUGUCAAAGCGGAAGAUUCAACAGCGGAGGGCUGCAAUGGUUGAGGUGGUGAAGAAACGUGCCAUUGUGGAUGAUAAUGUAGAUGAUGAGGAUGACGACGACGAUGGCGAUGAAGACGACAAGCGAGCAGCUGACAACGACGAUGAGGAUGAGGAGGAGGAACGAGCCGCUGAGAGUAAAUACAAGUUUGAGAGGGUGCAUCGAAGUUACAGGUUGUCUCCGGCGCAGAAGAAGAAAGCGGAAGGAGCUAAAUUUCGUGUUGAGGAUGUACCUACAAAGAAAUACAGGUUCGAUAAGAUGGAACCGAAACCGGUAGAUGACGAUGAUGACGAUGAGGACGACGAAGAUGAUGAUGACGAUGGGGAAGAAGAACAGGAGAGGAGCAUUUCCAAUCUUUUUGGAUUAUUUGGAUCCAAAAAAUUGAAGGAAAAAAGUGCGAAAGACGAAAAAUCGACGGAUGUGGAAGAAAACGGAGAUGACGAUGAUAACGAGGAAGAUGAGAAGUCAAUUGGCGGUAUGUUUGCAUGGUUAGCCAAGUUAAAGGAUACCGUUUCUGACAAGGAUAAAGAGGACUAUCAAAAAGAGGAUGAUGAUGACGACAAUGACGACGAAGAAUCGGGGGGAAUUUUCGGUUGGCUCAAAAAGCUCACUGAAAAAGACGAUGAUGAUCAGGAUGGAGGCGAUAAUGGUGAUGACGACGACGGCGAUGACGAAGAAGAUGCCAAACAACAGGAUAAAAUAAAAGACAACCCGUUAAUUACUUUGGUCAGUAGUUUUCUGAGUUCAAAUCAGGAAGACACCAGUGAAGAGGACAUUAAAUUACGUCCUGUCGGGUCUGAAGACGAUGACGAAGAUGAAGAAUCGGAACUCAAGAAGAGCAAAGACUCCGCAAUAGUCACCCUGUUCAACAAAAGCCCCCUUAUAUCCUUGUUCAAACCCGAAGACCUACCGGUGGAGACUCUCAUCGAGACUGAUCCGAAGAGGGUUAAAAAGCUGAAGCAAACACCCUCCAAAGUAGUGAAGCAACGAAUUGAAAUCUCUCCGGAAGAUUUCGAAUCUCUGCUGCUUCGAAUUCCCUCCUUCGUCCCGGACUAUUCCCGCCUCAAGAAUGGCGAGUGCCGCCGUCAAGGGCAGAUAUUUCAGCGUCAGCUGCGGGGCAAGCGUCUCUGGGCGCUCCAGAUGAUCGAUGCCAGCGCAAAAGUAACCUCUGGUUUGUUGCGAGGAAAUGCCAAUCAGCUUGGUGAUUUCGAUUUGUGCACUGGCAUUGCCACCAAAGUUAAGGUGAAGGAUGACGAACUGGUUCGGAUGAGGGGAAAGUACUGCCUGGCGCACAUUGAUGUCAUCGCCGAGGACGAGAACUUGAGGCUGCCGGUGCAUCUGCUGCAGGGAAGGGGUUUCAUCAAGAGUACGCUGAAUGAUCCGGAUCAUUUCCUGCCCCGUUUCACCACCAUCAACUGGGGUAUCUGUCUGCCGGCGGCAUGCAGCUACGAGGACGCGGGCAGCAUCGUCGAACACUUCGUCAAGCCGUACAAUACCACCGGCAUCAGGUUGUUCCUCGAAAUCGAGGAAGGUAAUUGUCACGUACGCCAGACAGCCGGCUGGACGAAGCUGUUCAACGAAAACUGGCAACUGGUAGCGGCGCUUGGUUUCUACACGUUUGUGCUGGUGGUCACUGUGGUUGCAUCCCUCAAUGACAUCGGAAUCAUCAAAAUCGACCCACAGCCCAAAUCUGCGACAGCGAACGAAAACAGAAACGAAAGUAACUCCCAACCCGGCGAAGACACCAACCUGCUCCACCAAAUCCUCAUGUCAUUCUCGUUGAAACGAACCGUCCGUCAGCUGGUUGGUGGCGAGGAUGAGACCCUAGCCGGAAAAGAUGUUAUUGGUUGCCUGUCGGGAUUGCGCGCACUUGCCAUGAUGGUCAUGUUUUGUGCGCUUCGCCUCAUUCCGAUGGGCUUCCAGCCGUACACUAACCGGAACGAGUUCACCGAAAGCUUCAACGCACCCUGGAGCGUUGUGCUGAGGGUGGCGAUGCUUUACGCCGAUGUUUACCUGGUGAUCAGUGGCUUCCUCGUGGCUUACCACAUGGUGGGUGAGUUCAAGCAGAAGCAGAAAGUGGCCUGGUUCCGAAGGAUCGUUGGGCGGUAUUUGAGAUUGACUCUGCCACUCAUCCCGGUGCUGAUAUUCUACUCAUGGAUCUGGGAACAUCUGGGCAAUGGCCCGCAAUGGGGUGACGUCGUGGUGAAAAACGCUAACCUUUGCAAACACAACUUCUGGAACAAUGUUUUCUUCAUUCAAAAUUGGUACCCAAUCGAAGAAGGGUGCGCCCCUCACACUUUCCAGCUGGCGAUCGAAAUGCAGCUCGCCAUUAUCGCCCCCUUCCUGCUGAUAAUCCUAACGAAGAACCCAUUCUACGGAGUGGCAGCCUACGUCACCCUGAACGGCAUUUCAACAGCGAUGCGCUUCGUUUCAACAACAGAGGAUCGGCUGUCCCCUUACGUCUAUCACGGUAUCCGUCUCACCCAGAUCUACCGGACGGUGAAUCUGAGCUUCUCGGAAACGCUCCACCGGGCCACUCCAUACCUGGCCGGGUUUGGUUUGGGCUAUAUGCUACGUGAGACGGACUUUCGGAGGCACGAUCGUGGCAUCAAUCUGAGCGGUUGGAUCGGUAUGGCGAUCGCGUUCGGUUGGUGCUUCAUUUUCCCGUUGGACAUUGGCGAGAAGGACUUCCAGUUCCAGAUUGGAGACGCCGCACAGUACUCCGCGCUGGCACCGCUCUCGUUUGCCUUGGCAAUUUGCUGGGUGAUCUAUUUCUGCGUCACCAAUGGGGACAGCUUGCUGAAUCGACUGCUCAGCUGCAAACCGAUGAUCUUUCUGAGUAAAAUCUCCUACUCGGUGUCGCUGAUUCAGUUCCUGGUGUUCUUCUACUUUGCCGGAACGACCCGUGGCAGUGAAGUGUUCAGCUUCGCGGGCUACCUGAAUCGAGCGGAGGUUUGUCUGCUAGUUAGCGGAGCGACGAUUCUCACACUGCUCUACGAUCUGCCAAUUCAGAACAUCAAGACUAUCCUGGAUCGAUCGGGAGUCUUCGACAGGAUGGAGAAGAAACAGUCUGCGAAGGAGAACGAAGUGGUUUCAAACGGUACGCCAGCGGUGAUCGAGAAUGGGACAACACCAGGUCAGCAGCAGGAAGAGGCCGCCAAGCCGGAGGAUGACUUCGUGAGCCCAUUUGAUGACAGAGAUGAGGAUGAUUUUGGCCCUCGGCAAAUUUGGAAGAGAAGCACUCCGGAGCCGGAGACGAAACCGGCGUCGACUACCAGAGUUUCCUGGGUCGAUGAUGUGAAGGAAAGCGAUCCCCCGAAGACCACCGCUCCCGCCAAGGAUAUGAUCGAAGAGGAUGAGGAAGAGCAGGAAAUCGAAGAAAUAGAAGAAGAGGAAGAAAACGAAGAGGAGGAGGAUGAAGAAGAGGAAGACGACGAAGAGAAGGAAGUCAUACGGAGACCGGAAAGAACAAAAUCUGCCUCACCAGCGCCGGUAGUGAUUGCAAAAGCAGACUCGCCAAGCCCACCACCGAGACGUCGUCAGUGGCGCACGUGGGAUAUCCACGACGACUAAUCACCCCCGAAAAAAGACAGUUCUUUUUCAGUUCAUGAACAGCCACGGGAUGGUCACAACGUAUGAGUCUAGAGUGUAACAAAACGUUUACUUUCAGUUCUCUGUCCCAAAGACGAACAGAUUGAGAGCGUAUUCUUUGAAAUCAGUUAAGCGCUAAGCUACCGUUAAAAUGCUACUAGCUGGAAGAAACAAACCAUUAAACAUUAGAAGUCUUAUAGCUAGCGAU